CCGGCAGACAUGAAUAAGGACCUGCGUGAGUGUCUAUUUUCCCCUGCAAAUUUGCAUGUUCCUUGAUACUGCAAUUUCAGUCCAGGACUCAAGGACCUUGAGCAUAGCUAGCUUAAAGUGGCUUGGCACUGUAAUACAGUAAUAGGUACUUCUUGAUGUAUCUUCUUAACUGUUAAAAAAUCUUGCAAGAUGGCAAUACAGGACUCACGGGUAAUCAUGGUGCUGGCGAUAAUGUUUAGCACGGGGGCUCUCCUGCAGCUACUGGGCUGCGUUCUUUUCAACAACUGGUGGCCAAUGCUUGUGGGCAUUAUGUACGUCCUCGUACCCAUGCCGUACCUGUUCUUUGGCGGCUCAAGCGGUGAAGGGUACGCCAUCUACGGCAGCACCAUUCAGAGCGGGUGGGUGGAUGCGGGUAAAUUUUUGACGGGUUUCUCGGCCGUGGGCUCCAUCGCCAUCCCCGCCAUCCUGGCGCAUGCGCAGGUGAUUGCCAUUGGAGCGCUCAUAAUGGAGCUCGCGGCGGCAGUGGUGCUGGGCGCCACUGUACUGACGUACGACUACUUCAACAGCAAAGACGUCGGCUUCUUCUAACUCUCGAGCUGUUCGGGGUUCCUUGUGCACCGAACUUUUCCGAGUGUAGGUUGCAGAAGACAAUAACCUUUCUUUACUGAUUCUUCUUUUCUUUCCAUCUUGUCAAUCCCUUUAGAUUUGGGAGUUUCUCCGGUUGCCAUCUUUCGGGACUCGUGCGUUCAACUCGCACAUCACCCACGAAGGACAUCUUCCGAUACAGCGAACAGCGGGUCGGGGCGGUGUACAUAGUACAGCGGAGUAAUCCUUGCCAGGAGUGCGCGAGAAAGGUGCUUGGAAAGGGGGUUUUACAAGGGGUUGAGGCUUAGGGCCAUUGUACGGCUUUCGUGCAAGGGGGUUUGUGUACGGCGAUACAAAAGGAGGACUUCCUAAGGGUUCUUGAAUCUCUUAAGGGGAACUACCGUAGCCUGACAGACGGAUUGAGUGCGGGGGGGGGUUAAUUCACGUGAUGGGAUGUGACGGCAGCAAGCGGGGUGUCGGAGGCGCCCAGGGAUCUGGACGGAGAGCGCGACAAGACCAUUGUGUGUAGGUGUACAGCCGGACAGCGCCACGUUCCUGGCUGGGGUAGGGUCAGCUGCAGGGGGGCUUGGAGCUGUGGCACUAGCACGAACAAGGGUAAGGCUGCUCCUGCGCUUGGACGGGAAGCAGAGAAGGCAGAAGGGCCCUUAAUAGCUGAUGCCUUGCACAAAGCAGUGGAGCGUGUGUGUGGGAACUGCUAGUGCAGAACGGGACAGGAGGUAGGGAGCUUAGAUGAGAAGCUGGAAGCAGCUGGAGUGGAGCCGCGGAUGGCUUGGGACGGUAGUAGUACAGUACGGGCAACACAGUACGGCAGGAGGGCUAUUAAUGCUGUUGUCCUUGUCGCGGUGCCGCGUGUGCGGGUAUGUUGAAGACUCAAGAUAUUACCUUGUGUCGUGGUGGGGGUGAUUGCAGCUUUAUUGUCCAUGUUGUCGAAUUGCCUGGUAGGGUUGCUUACUUGGGUGGGACUAGUGCAUGUAGGAUGUCGCGGGGUGGGGACUCCUCCACCUGCUCAUUGAACUCAGCAACGGACAUAUGGCUACACACUGCACGGCAGAGGCUCCGUCGGGUAAAGUGCAUGUAUGUUUCGUAGCCGUGGGAGGAAAGGAUUCACUCAAACCGCGAAUUGGGGAGCUGUUGUUGCCAUUUCCCAAGUGGAUGUGUACAUGCCAGGAUGCGGCGUCCUCGCGGGGACGACAUCUGCAAGGAAGAUAUUGCUGUCGCCUUGCUGCCGAGCAGACGGCAGUUCGCAAGGGAGCUCCUCUCCUUGUAAAAGUGUACUUCAGUCCACACAGCUUCGUCUUUACCUUUUCCGCUGCAUACUUCCUCGUCCAUGCAAUGUUUGGUGCCAACGAUGUAGCCAAUGCCUUCGGCAGUAGUGUGGCAGCUAGGACUCUAACGAUGCGGCAAGCAUUACUCAUUGCAUCGGUGUGCGAAUUCAGCGGCUCGGUGCUCCUAGGUACGGAAGUGACGCUCACAGUGGCAGGGGGGAUUGCCCGCCUUUCGGCGUUCGACUCUGAGCCAGAGAUUUACAUGUACGGCAUGUUGUGCGCGGUGGUGGCGUCCGGUGCCUGGCUGCUGCUGGCCACGUACCUGAGUUUGCCCGUGUCAACCACACAUUCCACAAUCGGCGGCGUGCUGGGUUUUGCUUUCGUGUACGGCGGAUCCAGUGCAGUGACGUGGCUGGAACCUCAGGACACAUUUCCGUACAUGGGCGGUCUGGUGCCCAUCAUCCUUGCCUGGUUCACCAGCCCCCUUAUGUCGGGUUUAGCCUCCGUGGUGCUGUUCGUGAUCGUCCGCGCCGCCGUACUUCGCCGGGUCCGCAGCCUGGAGCUGGCGAUAUGGUCCCUGCCGGUACUGGUACUGGUCACCGUCUUCAUCAAUCUCUUCUUCGUCUUGUACAAGGUGUGGGGGUGUGGGGGUUUUAAAACAGGGAGUUGUGGCCCUAGGAGGGCCAUUCUACUUAGGUACGUCUUCUCUACGGGACUGGGUUGCUUGGUGAAGGACGAGGGUGAGAGCGGUGCCGUACGAGGCAGGGGCUCCGAGGCCCGGCUAGCCUGGACCUCCCAGAGGUGCGCCUGGGUGAGCUCGGUGGCGGCCGGGGGCUGCGCGCUGGUGACGGGGCUGCUGGGAGUGCCGUACAUGAAGAGACACGUGGAAGCGGCGGCGCAGGCCAGUUGGUUGUCGGUUUGGUUAAUGGGUUGGUGGGUUCGUUGCAGGUCCUUGAACAGCUCAAGUCGGUUGGAGCUUACGGGCACUCGGCCAAGCUCGCCCUCCGCACCCACGACGGGGGCACUGCCGCGCAUGUCAGUAGCCCGGAACAGCCAGGCUGGCGGAGGCGGUGGCGGUAGCGGGGGCGGCGGUGGCGGCGGUGGCAAUGGUCCCUGGCGCGCCGGCGCUGGCCGGGGCAUGACGGCAGGUCUGUCUGUUCUCCCCGCCGUGGCGCCGGGUGCCGCUUUUGUCGACGCACGGGGCCACGUGGCAGCGGGCCGUACAGGGUACGGCACUCGCAGCUUUAGCCGCAGUACAGCGCGAUUCAGUGAAGCGUCUCAAUCGAGUAGGCAAGGAAGUGGGACGCCAGACACGGUGGCUCCGGCGGCGUCAGAAAUGGCAACUGCCCAAAUUCCGCUGCCGACACCUCAACCGCCGCCGCAGCUGUCAGCGCACACCACUCAGUCUCCGCCGCCACUGGUGAACCGGGGUGGCUCCCUGCCCCUGGAGAGCGUUCCAGAGUCUUCAGUGUACGGCGCCAGGGAGCCGUCCGUGCAGCCGCCGUUACAGUCUGAGGCACCCUCUGGCGCUGCCGCUGUCGCAGCUGCGGGUCCUGUCGGGCCUGUUGUGGCGCUACAUGUGCCCAGUGCUGUGCGCUUGUUGCGCGCCACCUCCACGACUACUGCUGCCGCUGCCGCUGCUGCCACCACAUCAUCGCCAUCAUCAUCUCCGCAACGCGCACGACCAAGCAACUCCAGAUUCACUCCCCUGGUGGGAGACCUCCCCACCCCUACACCGGAUCUCAGCGUUCCUGUCCCUGGUGAACUUGGCGACUAUACGGUACCGCAGCAGCAGCAGUACGAGGGGCAUGUUUCGCGGGACUCGGGCGCCAUGGGGCCUGAGGUGGCCGGGCAGCACCGCGCACUACCGAUGCAGCAGGAAAAGGAGGCGGGAGAGGAGGAGGAGAAGGGCAGAGCGGAAGGGGAGGAGGAGGCGGAGGACGAAGCGGAAGGCAAUGGACAGCAGCAGCAGCAACCGCGGCCAUUUCACAGCCAACAGCAGCACCAGCAGCAUUGGCAAUUCCAGCAGCAGUUGCUGUCAGAGUGGUGGAUGCAGCAACAACUGGCAGGGCAACCAGAACCCCAACAACAGUACCUGCAGCCAACGGUCCAAACGUCCACUCCCGACUUUCAGGGCGGCGACGGUGUCACAGCCGGUGCUGCUGGUGCUCCGGGGCAUUGGGUCACCCAUGCUCCUUCUGCUGCUCCUGCGGCAGGGGCUAUUGCUGUUGGGCGUACGACAGACUGUACGGCGGGUCGGCCCAUAGCUGAGGGUAUUGAGGACGAUGGGGAGGAACGCGGGCACAGCUCUGGAUCAUACCGUCACCAGUUUGAGCCUGCUGAGCGCAGCGGAGGCAGAGCUGCGGCUGACGCAACCACCGCUGCAGCGCCCGUGCGGGCGGCCGGUGGAGGAAUGCCAAUUCCGGCGCCGGGGGAUCCAGAAACCUUAGGGGCCUCUGAGACCAGCAGCAGCCUUAGCAGCAGUAGUACGGAUCAGGAGCAGUCCUUUGCAGGGGAGCACCACCGUGCACAGCAGCAGCAACAGCAGGCGGGGGGUGGGCACAGCAGCAACAACGCGCAAUUUCAAAAAACGUUUGACCAGUUGAAGGAUAUCGUACUGCGUGGCACGGAUGUCAACGUACAUGACUGUGUGGAGCUGGGGUUGGAUCCCGUGGCGGCGGCCAUACAUGCACACGCCGAAGUGUUCGACCCGUCAACAGAACACGCAUUCAAGUACUUGCAGGUGGUGACCGCCAUUUGCGACUCGUUCAGCCACGGCGCCAAUGAUGUCGCCAACUCGGUGGGGCCCUUGGCGGCCAUCUGGCAAAUCUACCGAUACCGGCGGGUGGACUACGACUCCACUGUCCCCCUGUGGGUGCUGGUAAUAGGCGGGGCUGGCAUUGUGGUGGGACUGGCCACAUACGGUUACAACAUCAUUCGCGCCAUUGGUGUGAGACUGUCUGCGGUGACACCUUCUCGGGGCUUCUGUAUCGAGCUGUCCACCGCUCUGGUGGUGGUGCUGGCGUCUAAGUACGGCUUGCCAAUAUCCACCACACAUUGCCAGGUGGGCGCCACUGCGGGCAUGGGGCUUCUGGAAGGUUCUGCCGGACUGAACUGGUCUCUGGCGGCGCAGUUCUUCGCAGGCUGGGUGGUCACCUUGCUGCUGACAGCAUUGAUGUCCGCAGCACUGUUCGCGGCGGGGGCAUACGCGCCGUCCAUCACGCAGAGCCGCGACAUUGAGACCUACCAGACACAUCUGUCGGCACUGGCGAGCAGGUUGGACUUGCUGCUCAAUAAAACCAAUGCCGCCGCGGUGCUGGAUUCCGCCACCUGGGGAAACUACAGUGCCAGUCUGCAGUCGCAGCUCCAUGCCGACUUGGCAACACUCCAGCAGAUCGCCGCCGAGGGGUCUGAUGUGGCCACACGUCCUGUUCAGCACAUGGCCGCUAGCUAUGUCGUGGACUUCAUCAGCCGUACAGUCGAGAUGUACGUCAAUAACAGCUUGCCGUACAUUGGCGGCAUGCAGGCGGCGGGCCAGGUGCUUCCGCGUCGCCCUUGA